AUGUCGAAACAAUUCGAUUGCUCAUUAUUGUCAAAUUGUCAUUCAUUUUAUAUGGAUCGUCUUGGAAAUAUGCAGAAUAUUCAUCAGAAUCUGAAUUCCACGUCAUCUGCAUCCUAUUCAUCUUCUUCUCGGAAACAAAUUCUGCCGCUGAAACCGCCGAAAAAUCAAUAUUCACUGCAGCAGUUCCACGAUGUCAAGAUUCAAGGACAACAAGCGGAAUCUCAGCCACAAAUAGCACCAGUGACAGUAUUGGCGCUGAAAAAGAAGGAGAAAUUGGAGAAGAAUGUGGUGACAAUGUUGGAAUAUCGACAGAAAUCGAUGAAUUUCGGAGGAAACGGAUCAACAUCAUCCUAUGGUUCUUCUUCUUUGAAUUCUCACGAAUUUAUGCUGAACAAUGCUUCUUAUCAGAAGAAGAAGAAGAAGAAUUCGUCAUCUGGUUAUCAUUCGGAUCACUCGAUCUCUUCUGAUUCCAAUUCGAACGACUCCGUUUUCUCGAAUCUGGUGUACGGUGGAUAUGACGAAAAUGGAAGUGGAUCAAUGAAUGGAUUAUUGAUUGAUUCAUCGAUUCAUCACAAUCAUCACAUCGAUAUGCUUCAUUCUCAUCCAAUUUGGUCCCCUCCAAAUAUUAAUCAAUUGAUCACUUAUCAAUAG